AUGAACGUGUUAUUAGGCUCGCAAGAUGCAUGGGAGAUAAUAGAAAAAGGUUAUGUCGAAUUGGAAGAUGAAGCGGCACUACCACAAAAUGAAAAAGAUAUGCUACAUAUUUCGAGAAAGAGAGAUAAAAGAGCUCUUUUCCUUAUUUAUCAACGCAUGGAUGAGUCGUCCUUUGAGAAUAUAUCAAGAGCCUCUAUUGCAAAACAAGCAUUGGAUAUUUUGAAAAAUUCCUACAAAGGCGUGGAUAAAGUGAAGAAGGUGCAAUUGCAAACUCUAAGAGGUGAGUUUGAAUCUCUCUCCAUGAAAGAGUCUGAAUUAAUAUCAUAUUAUUUUUCAAGAGUUUUAGUUGUCGUUAAUCAACUAAGAAGAAAUGGUGAGGUCAUGAGUGAUAGUCGUGUGAUCGAAAAAAUAUUGCGGUCACUCGUUCCAAAAUUUGAUUAUAUAGUCGUCGCAAUUGAGGAGUCCAAAGACGUCGAAUCCAUGACCGUAGAUGAGCUCAUGGGAUCGUUACAAGCCCAUGAAGAAAUAAUAAGAAAGAGAAGCAAUGAGGGAGCAGUAAAACAAGUUCUACAAGCGAAGCUCACUUUGAAAGACAAAGGAGAAAUCUCUAAUAGUAAUGCUAGAGGAAGAGGACGCGCCUACUACGGCGGAAGAGGAAGAGGCAAGCAGAAUAACGAUGAUCAGAGGGGCCAGAAGUCAAGCUUCACAAGAGGUCGUGGCAGAGGAAAAAAUUCAUGGCACAACAAUAAUAGGCCAAGGUAA